AUGAAGGGGCAGCAGAAAACAGCAGAAACUGAAGAGGGGACAGUGCAGAUUCAGGAAGGCGCAGUGGCAACUGGGGAGGACCCCACCAGUGUGGCUAUAGCUAGCAUCCAGUCAGCUGCCACUUUCCCUGACCCCAACGUCAAGUACGUCUUCCGAACUGAAAAUGGGGGCCAGGUGAUGUACAGGGUGAUCCAGGUGUCUGAAGGGCAGCUGGAUGGCCAGACUGAGGGGACUGGUGCCAUCAGUGGCUACCCUGCCACUCAAUCCAUGACCCAGGCCGUGAUCCAGGGUGCGUUCACGAGUGAUGAUGCAGUUGACACAGAGGGGACAGCUGCUGAGACGCACUAUACUUACUUCCCCAGCACUGCAGUGGGAGAUGGGGCAGGGGGUACCACAUCGGGCAGUACAGCAGCUGUUGUUACUACCCAGGGCUCAGAGGCACUACUGGGGCAGGCGACCCCUCCUGGCACUGGUCAGUUCUUUGUGAUGAUGUCACCACAAGAAGUGCUGCAAGGAGGCAGCCAGCGCUCUAUUGCCCCCAGGACCCACCCAUAUUCCCCGAAGUCAGAAGCUCCCCGGACAACUCGGGAUGAGAAACGCAGGGCUCAGCAUAAUGAAGUGGAGCGCCGCCGCCGCGACAAGAUUAACAACUGGAUUGUACAGCUGUCCAAGAUCAUCCCAGACUGCUCCAUGGAGAGCACCAAGUCUGGCCAGAGUAAAGGUGGAAUUCUAUCCAAAGCCUGUGAUUAUAUCCAGGAACUUCGGCAGAGUAACCACCGGUUGUCUGAAGAACUGCAGGGGCUUGACCAACUACAGCUGGACAACGAUGUGCUUCGACAGCAGGUAGAAGAACUUAAGAACAAGAAUCUGCUGCUGCGAGCUCAGCUGCGGCACCACGGAGUGGAGGUUGUCAUCAAGAGUGACAGCAACUAA